GAAUCAAAAAGUACUUACGCGUUCAAAUCAAAUUUAAAUUAUAUGUCAACAGAAUUUUUGUUGCUCAGUGUAAAAUUUGAGUCUUCAAUUAAAUUUGUGCAACGACCUCUGGUGGCUAUAAAUAAACAUUUGCAAUUUGAAUUAAUUUUAUCCGCGACUCACAAACAGGCGCCAUUAUUAAAAUAAAAACAAAUUCUUUGACAUUUAUUUGUUAAUAACUAAGAAUAUGCAUUGUUGUUUGGGGAAUGUAUAUGAAUUUCUAGAGACAAGAUAUGGUAAUCAGUAUAAAAUCGAACUUGGAACGCCAUCAACUUAUUUAAAUAAAAUAACUGGAGUAGGAGUGAAAGAAAAGAUAAUUUAUUGCUACAAUGAGGAACGUAAUAGACCAAACUUAAACAUCAUAUCCCCAUCAAAGAUAAAUAUAAAAGUUGGUAAAUGUGAAGUAGAUUUGGACUUGACGGGCAGUCCCCUAAAAGAUGAAUGUCUAGUGGAAUCCUUUAGUGAUAUGAGCUUAGUUGCAAAAUCAGAAACGGAUAAUCCUUGGGAACAUGAUGAAGAAGUACACAAAGGCAUAAAUGUGGAGAAAGUGUGCAAUAUAAUAUGCAACGAGGAGUUUCAAAAAUUAAUGAGCGGUGAUGCACAAGGUUCAGUGUGGUUUCUUUGCGAUGCUUUAGAUGCCGAAAAAACUUUGCUGUGGCAAUAUGAAUUUUUAGCUAAUAAUUUUAGUCGUGGAAUUGUAACAUUUCAAGGUAUCAUCCCCAGUUGUGAGGUAAACACACAAACCUUACUGCGUCAUCAUUAUGAUAUCACGCAUCAAGAAAAUCGUGUGGAGACUACAAUUGAAAACACUUAUCAGAUCAAAUCAGACAUUGAAUUGUUCUGCUCUUGGACAACUACUGCUAAAUUACCAACAUUAAUAGACUUAAAUGCAAGUAAUGAUGUAGUUUUAACACAAAUUUUUCGCUUUGACUGCUGUGGUACAAGCACAAAAGAUCUACUAAACCAAUUAAAUAUUUUAACAUACAUUAGAGAUGAUAUAGUAGCGCACAAAAAAGCGAAUCUAUCCGAAAAUAAUGCAGAACCAGUUUAUCGUUGUGGACGUGGCAUUGAUAUGCAAGAUCUACGUGAUAGCGUAACGCAGGUCAUGACGGAAGUUUCUGGCAUUGCAGAUUUUGAACAGAACCUUAUAGAGAGUGAUAUUGAGGAAGUCUUGGAAAAGAGCAAAGGCAGAAAUUUAUUUGAUUUAACGGAUAAGUUAUGGGACAUAUUAAAAUGCUGUUCAUCAUAUAAGGAACUAAAAUUGGGAUUUCAUGUUGUGUUUCAAUGUGCAGCGCGUUGUAAUAUUAUGAAAAUACCAACGAAUAAAAAUCGAUUGGCUGAAAUCAUUACCGAGGUUGCAAAUCGUCGCCUAGCUAUACCAUGUUUGACUGGCUCAGAGCCACUGGAAUUGCUACUGGAAAUUGGAUUGCAAAAGCUAUACAAAGAUUAUGAGUACAUUUUUACUGAAAGUAAACUGUGCAGCGCCAAUAUUUUAAAACAAAAGAAUGUGGUAGAGAAGGAAAAUGAUGCAUUCGUAUCGAAUAUACGUAAAUCAUUGAAAAAUGCUGUACGCGUUGAAGCUCCGCCGAUUGCUAGAAAGACUUUAUUGUAUAAAAAUGUUGAGAAGACUAAAAAGCUAAGCAUUGAUAGUAUAGGGUUUAAGAAUAGCAAUUUCAGUGAGAACGAGAGUGGCAUACAUCUGGCAAAAUUACUCCAGACACAUUGCAUUUUAGAACAUCUGUUAAUGAUACACAUACAUCUUAAUAUAAAUAACUCUGUGUCCAGGGACAUUUGCAGUAAACUCUUGAAAAGACCAUUGAAACCUUUUGAGGGAAUAAACGAUACACUAACAGAUAAAAUUGAAAUAGCUCUGCCUGCACAUAGUUUAAGCGAAUAUUUAGUUGGCAAGGAUCCCUAUAAACGCCGCAUAACCAUGGUAUCCUGUACUGAAUUACGUGAAGUUCAAUCCACAUUUUUUUAUUCAAUGGAAAAUAUUUGUCCUCCAAUUGUAGCCGAAAACUUUAAAACUGAAGAGAAAGAAUUUGUCAAAGAGAAUACUUACUAUCAUUGGAUUUAUAAUAAAAUUAAAAGUCGAAAAUAGUAAGGAUUUUGGAUGUCUGCCAUGUCUGA